AAAGGACAUUGAAUCUCUGUCUCUCUCCCUCCCAUUGUUCCGCAUCACGCACGCACCGGAUCUGCCUACGGCCCGGGAGUAACCUGGACUCGCUUACACCAUCCCCGGAGUGAUUCACCUCACCGCAUCCAGUGCAGCUUAGACUUGAGCUUCUCCAGCUUUGUCCGACAAAGCGACGUCGGGCCUACUGAUCCUUUUGUCUUUUCCCUUCGCCCCUGGAUGAUAUCUUCUCACCUUAUCUUUCACACUUGUCCUGUCUUGUGACUGACAGGCUUCUAUUUUAUCAUUUCCUGUCUUCUGCCUGAAACACUUCCGUUAGGCUGUAGACUCCGGCUGGAUCACCUGCCUAGGUCGUUGCUCACGCUACCCGCACUUACUACGCUUAUCGCUGAACCAGACAUUGGGACCUUUUGGGUUGAUUCCCCCACAAGACGGCCACGGCGAAAGGCGUAGGAGGAACAUAAGCGGUCGAGGAAUAUGUUUUCUGAAUACGCCUCCCGCUUCCUGGCUCAGUCGCAGUCCCGAAUCUCCUUCCUCCAGCCAGAUGCCAACAAUGAUACUUCCUCCCGAAACCCCUCGGAUCGCCAGCGGCGUCUGAACCCGGGUCCUUCAAGAUUUCCGUCGUCCCGGUCGAUCCUACAACGACCUGCCAUGGGCAGCCCAUAUCAGCCCUCGGCAUCGCAAGUCUCGCAGUUCCCGUUCGCGUCUCGAGCUGGAAACCCUGCUCCGCUCUUUUACAGUGCGACGGACGAGUUCCGGGAAGAGGACGACGAGGAAGAGCACGAGCGUGAGGUGGCUGAUUUCUAUGCGCUGCAGCGCUCGCGGCGUCAGUUUGGCGGAAGCCGGCUGGUGGACUCGUCGGAAGUGGAUGACGAUGACGAUGCUAGUCGAGGAUCUGGGCUCGGUCAAAGCGAGAACUCCGAAGGCAGAGCCUCUCACGAUAGACUGUUUGGCAAGGGUGCGGGUAUUCGGAGCUCUUGGAAGGGCACUCGGUCGACAAGAGCAAAGAAGCCAGAUUCGUUUGGUGAGCGAGAAAAGGAAAAUGAAGAGAAUGGAGAAUGGGAUGGCAGCGACAAGAGCAGAAGCAAAGGAAAAAUGGUAGACAUUGGCUUAGAGUCAUCCAUAGGCGACAGUGUCGAGCCUUUGGAUCAUUCGAAUCCUGGUGAUUUGGCGAUUGAAAUGCCUCCAGACGACCAUCCACCUGCUUUUCAACAAUUCCGUCGACCACCAGACGCCAAGACAUCUUUUCUACCGCGAGAGACCGACAAGGAAACUGCAUUUGCGCACCCUCGACCACCAAGCUCUGAUGCUUCUAGUGUCCCUCCAACAAUUUCAUACCCACCAGUAGAACCGCCACGCCAUGAUCCAUUCUGGGCAUCCCUCUUCCUCAUCUGUCUUGCCUCUCUCUUCGCCACAUUUUUCCUCGUGUUCCUGCAUACUUCUGCGCCCGACCGCAAACAUCCCCUCGGUGAUACUAUCUAUACCACAUUGCAUUCAUCGUUUCAUCUCUUAGCAACCGAUACCCUUGUCGCAGUAAUCGUCUCUCUGCUUUGGCUCGCUAUUCUCAGGUCAUUUGUCCGGCCUCUGGUUUACCUAAUCCUGAUCGCGGUCCCCAUUAUUCUCUUUUCGUUUUCCCUCUAUCCCUUAAUAUCCUCUUACAAGGGGCAAUGGCACGGCAAGAGCGUACAAGAUCGAGCCAUGCGGUGGCUCUCUUUUAUUCCCGGAGUCAUUGCCGCUCUCUGGACGUAUACGGUCUACAGGGGACGCCACUCCUUUGGAAGAGCCAUUGGAAUCCUAGAGUUUGCGUGUCGGAUUCUUACCGCCAAUCCAGCUCUUCUCAUUGUCGGCUUCGCCACUCUUGCAGGCGUGGUAGCAUGGACAUGGGUUUGGAUGGGGAUGUUCACGCGCGUCUUUCUCGGCGGCCACUUGUCCGCGACCAAGCACAUGUUCAUCAUUGACGCCGGUACAUGGUGGCUGGGUGUCUUUUUCAUCCUGGUCUACCUCUGGACGCUCGCCGUGGGGUCUGGGAUCCAGCGCGCCACCACCGCUGCUACCGUCAGUCAAUGGUAUUUCCACCGGUUGGCCAUUCCCGCGCCAACCUCGCGGCAAGUCGUCCAGGCGGCACUCACCCACGCCUCGUCUACGUUAUUCGGCACCAUUUGCUAUUCCACUUUACUCUCCAUCCUCGUUCGUCUGCCACUAGUCGUCCUGCCCCGCCGCAUCGUCGCGCUCGUCAGCGUCUGCGCAUACUCCUUGAUCCCCACGCCAAUCGCCGCCUUGACUAAUCCUCUCACUCUGACCUACGCCGCCAUUCACUCCCAACCAUUGACCAUUUCCGCACGCGGACUCUCCCAGAUGACUUUCCUCGCCGCUGCCUCCCCCACAUCCACUCUCCACCCUCGAACCUUUUCAACUACCUCUUCACGACCAGGUGGCGGCGGCGGUGCCUCAUCCCCUUUACUCCCCUACAGACUCGCCAAACUCCUCCUCCAUGCCACCCGCUUCAUCAUGUCCCUUGCCCUAGGGUUCGGCGGCUGGGUCAGCACCGCCCGAACCCUGACCAUCCAGAGCAGCGCCAGUGGUGGAACCGGCGGCGUCGGCGUGCGCGGCAGUCUCUACGCCUACGUCGUCGGCCUGAUCGCCGGCGCAAUCGGCUGGGCCGUGCUCGGCGCCAUGGAAGGCGUCCUUGCAGGCAUCGUCGACGCGGGUGUCGUCUGCUGGGGAAGUGAACGAGGCGCUGGCGGCGGUCGUGAGGCGCGGUAUUGUCUUGAGGCGGAGUACUUGUUUGGUGGCGGCAGGGAUGCAUAGUGUAGUUUUGUUCUGUCUCUUUCUUUCAUCAAUGUCAUUUUUUUAUCCCUUUGUCCUCCUUAGCCAUUUGUCUCUAUGUAUUUAAUUUUAUUACAUUUAGGGUACUAGGUUGUUGUUGCUGUUUAUUUCUUUCGUGAUUGAUGUCAUUGGAUGGACUUGACAACUUGACAUGUACGGUACGGAGUACCCGUAGGUAGUUGCAAUACAUUUCACCCUUCCCACUACAC